AUGACGGGCUAUUCCUUGCACGCCGGCGGCUUUCGCGAACCAGAGCCGAAGAGAGUUGGUUCGCUCUACGAAUGUGAAUUUGGACCCGAAGAAGCGAAGAAACACGGCCAGGAGCACGCGUGGUACGACAUGUACGCGAACUCCGUGUCAACCGAUCGAGAUGGGAACGUCGACCACACCACCGUGGGUUGCAUUCACCCAGCUGCUCGAAGCAGCGGUAAAGACACCCCGUUCAGACCGAGCGCGAAGAACAUGGCGCCGCGCAAGAAGAACUGGAAACCGAGCGAGUCAAACACGCAAAAGCCGCCCCGUUCGGAAUAA